CACUAUAGCUCGAAUAAAAAGGGCCGAAUAAGUUAAUACCCGUUAAAUGAAGGCCCAUUUGCAGCCCAUAUAACCCAAUUCAGAACGCAGGAGGCUCCGCGGCGGCACCGGACGAGGGUGCGGCCGCAGUCGAGGAAAUCGACGUCGUCCGGAUCGAGCACUCUGGCGGCGCCGCCGCCACGGCGAACGGUGGCGCUGAUGCAGGUUGCCGACCGGUGACGUCGCUGCCCGGGCUACGCACGGCCGUCGGCGCAGGAGCUGCCGCCGCCGUCGCUGCUGCUUGUCUGUACCCUAAAAAGAGUGCGGUUGCAUCGAUGACGAGCUCCAUGGGCAAGGGUAUACUAAAGAUUCAAUCUUUAUCUAGUUUUCACCUUUCUAGUCAGUGCUGCGAAACCUGCAAUGCACUGCUUGAAACACUGCAAUGCCUCACGCCACUUGGUGAGUACUUGAUGAUCACAGAAGGCCUCUUCUUGCGGUAGAAGAUUGAGACAAAAUUGACCUUCUUGUUCUUCGGGAGAGUCACGUAAGAUCCACAAGACCAAGGAAUAGGUACACUGCCAACCUUCCUAGUUCAACUCAGUAGGUGUUUAGGUACAUGCCUUUGUCAAACUCCAACACCUAAAGAUGACCAUAAGACACUGCCAUUCUAUCAUGUUAAUUGAUACUUCCUAAAUCUUAGGAAAGGACACGACUUCAUUCUGAUAUUUCAUGCAUCGAAGAAAACGAGAACCUGUGUUUGGCGAUUAUCUAUUGCCUGUGAUCCAACUCUGUAAAUUGCUGAAAAAAAAGUUCAAUCUACAUCAAGUUGGUAACUGUGGGUUGAUUACAGCAGAUUGAAUAUUGUUGGUAAAUGACUUGGAGAACCCACCUCCUUUUCUCUACUACAACUUGGUAUGAAUUCUUGGGCAGGUCCAUGAAAACAAAUCCUUAAAACAGUGGAAAGAGUGGAGUCGAAGAUACCCAAGAUUGUGGUGGAGUACCAAAGCUGAGAUCAUGAGCAGGGAGAACGAAAAUAUCCAUGGAUGAAUGGAAAGGAAAAGUGCAGCAAAAGGAGUGGUGGUUGGAGAAUGGCAUUGAUUUAAAGGUAUUAUAAUAGGAGUGUCGGUUAUGGACAGUUGAAAGUGCUACAUGUGUCCAACCUUCCACAGUAUAAUGCUUUGGGAGGUCAAAGGUUGCAACUGAGUCAGCAAUGGCUCCCGACAUCCAUCAGUAUUAGGUUUGAUAACUGCAAGUGCACGAGAACCUGAUCUCAGAAUUCAGAUUUGCUUCUUAUUUUUGUCUCCAAUGUAGCAUCUGAUACCAGUGGAUUGGAUUUGUGCCAGAGCUCAGCAGCCAAAUUCCAAGGAAUUAAGCUGCUGCUACUCUUGUUCUGAGAAGAGGGAGGAAAAUUAUUGUAGUGAGUUGGAGUUUGAAUGUAAUCAUGAUGCUGUGUCACCCCCAAUUCGUGUGCUUCAUGACCCAAUCUCUUUCUUGUACUGAAGCUGAAGCUUUAUGAGAUUACAGAGUCAUAAAUUUUCUGCUACCUGUAAUCCAAGAUGAAAUGUUAAAGGUAGCAUUUUCAACAAAUAGCUCUGCAGAAGGGGAAGAACAGAAUUGAGGAGCCAAUUGAUCAUACAAAAAGUUGCCACUUUGGUGAUAUGAGAGGACUAAUUAGCUGAACACCAAACUGUGUUUUGCCUGAGAGGUUCUUUCUUUCAUUUUCUUGUAUGAUCAGAAAAGAAUAUUCUUUGAGUGUCAUGAACUUUAGUAAAUCUGGAAGUGCCAUCCUGGUCUGAUUCAGCAAAAGAUAUGGGAUGAUUAGCCUACUAAUAUUCCUGUUGAAAAGGCAUAGGGCUUCACACACACAAACAUGUGACUCUCAAUACAGCAACUCUGCAUACACUGUCCUUUAAGCAAUAUGUCUUCUUCUUUUGUGGGGAGUGGUGAUUUCUCACCAAUUAAAUGUACCUUCAAAACCACAAGAUUUCAAUUCCAUCACCAACUUCCUGUCCAGAGAUGUUAGUUGGAAUCCUGCCACUCUCAUUUAACUGUCCUGCUUAAGCCUUCACAGUUAUGUGUCAGUCGAUUGGAAGGUUGAAAAGGCAGGCGAUCAUCUAUUUAUGCCUCCAUCAGCUGCCUCCUCGAGCAAACCAGAGCUUCUGCUUCCUCUCUUCCCUUACUCUUUGUCUCCUGCUUCCAAGUAAGGAGAAUGACUUCUCUUGGUCUGGUUCUGGUUGCCUUUCACUCGGUGUUCUCUGCUGCAUACGGGUAUGGACACGGAGGGGGAUGGUCUGCUGCUCAUGCUACCUUCUAUGGAGGAAGUGAUGCGUCUGGGACAAUGGGUGGAGCUUGCGGCUACGGCAACUUGUACAGCCAGGGCUACGGCACCAAUACCGCAGCCCUGAGCACUGCCCUCUUCGACAACGGGCUCAGCUGCGGCGCCUGCUACGAAAUGAAGUGCGUGAAUGAGCCGCAGUGGUGCCUGCCGGGCUCCAUCGUUGUCACAGCCACCAACUUCUGCCCACCCAACGAUGCCCUCCCCAACAACAACGGCGGCUGGUGCAAUCCUCCCCUGCGGCACUUUGACCUCUCCCAGCCCGUCUUCCUGCGCAUUGCCCGGUACAGGGCUGGCAUUGUGCCCGUCGCUUACAGAAGGGUCCCGUGCAGUAGAAGGGGAGGAAUCAGGUUCACCAUCAAUGGCCACUCCUACUUCAACCUCGUGCUCAUCACCAACGUGGGAGGAGCCGGAGAUGUGCAUGCUGCGUCCGUCAAGGGGUCCAGCACUGGGUGGCACCCCAUGUCCAGGAACUGGGGCCAGAACUGGCAGAGCAACACCUACCUCGAUGGCCAGGCGUUGUCCUUUAAGGUCACCACAAGCGAUGGCGUGUCUGUGGUCUCCUUCAAUGUGGUUCCUGCAACCUGGUCUUUUGGCCAGACCUUCAGUGGUGGCCAGUUUGCUUGAUUCCUUUUAACCCUUGCAACAGCAUCGGGUUAGUAGGAGCCAGUCGUUGAGUCACCAUGGCUGCGGAGUCAUGGGUUCCGGUAAGAAGAGCUUGUUUUACUUCGGCUCUUCAUAAUAUCAAGUGAUGAGUUCCAUCUUGAGAGGCCUUUGGGCUGGUCAUGAAGGAGAAGAGCGGGAUGGAUGCUGCUCUUCCCUUUUGGGCAGCGGUGGAAUCCUACCACCCGCCCAGUUGCAACUGAGUCAAAAGUCCUUUUUAAUUUCUUCUUCUUCUUCUUCUUUCUUUCUUUGUGUUUACCUUUUGCUGUUUGUGCUCUUAACUCACUGUUGGGAGCUUAAAAAGAGAGUUCCUCCCAGGAAUAAUCACUGCAAGUCUUCCUAUCUGGUAAUGGAGUUCAUAUUAUCUUC